UGUGGGCGGUCCAGACAGUUUUGUUUCUGAGUUUAGUUGGUAAUGUGGCAGUGUGGAGCGAAGGAGGGGUGAAGUGGUGCUUCAUGUAGAUGUACACACACAUAUAUGCAUGCAUGUACUGUAUACAUCCAUAACACAGUUUCCCAGUGAAAGAGGACAUAUUCACAGCUGACACGUUCAUCUGGGAGUAAACAGGAUCAUGGAUCUAUAACGAUGUCGGAAUUAAUCUCCAGAGAAGAUUUUUCCCUUUGAGAUAUUUAUUUAAUUUAUUUUUCUAUAUAUUUUUUUCUACUUGAUAUUUUGUAUCUACGUUUCGGCGCUGGUGCCGGUGUUCAGGGACAGUGAGGAUGGAUCAGGCGAAUAUCUUGAGGAAGUUCAUUCAGGGGGUUCACGCCAUGCGAUCAGGGGAACAGAGAGGAGAAGAUAACUUCGGCUCCGACUUCAUGAGAUUACGCAGAUUAUCGACGAAAUACAAGACGGAAAAAAUCUAUCCCACUAACGUUGGAGAGAGAGAAGAAAAUGUGAAAAAGAACAGAUAUAAAGACAUCCUGCCAUUUGACCACAGUCGAGUGAAAGUGGCAUUAAAAACAUCCAAUCUGGACACGGAUUACAUCAACGCAAACUUCAUCAAGGGAGUGGACGGGCCCGAGGCCUACAUCGCCACACAGGGACCGCUGCCCAACACUGUCCUCGACUUCUGGAGGAUGAUCUGGGAAUACCAUGUUGCAGUGAUCGUUAUGGCGUGCCGGGAGUUUGAAAUGGGCAGGAAAAAAUGCGAGCGAUACUAUCCCCAGUUUGGAGACGAGCCCAUGUCCUUUGGCCCUUUCAGGAUCUCUUGUGAAUCUGAAAAAACCCGACCUGACUAUAUAAUUCGUGGCCUAACCCUCGUGUUUGACAAUGAGUCUCGUAGCUUAACACAAUUCCAUUACAUCAACUGGCCAGACCAUGAUGUUCCCUCAUCGUUUGACUCGAUACUGGACAUGAUUGCACUGAUGAGGCAGUACCAGGGGCACGAUGAUGUUCCCAUCUGUGUACAUUGCAGUGCUGGAUGUGGGAGAACAGGUGCCAUUUGUGCCAUUGACUAUACAUGGAACCUGCUAAAAACUGGGAGAAUUCCUGAGGAUUUUAAUGUCUUUCAGUUAAUUCAGGAGAUGAGGACGCAGAGGCACUCAGCAGUUCAGACAAAGGAGCAGUACGAGUUAGUCCAUAGAGCCAUCGCCCAACUCUUUGAGAAGCAGCUGUUGCUUUUGGAGAGUCCUACGAAUUCAGAGCUAACAGAUGGCAUGGACGAAGGUAGUCCAGAAAAACCCAGCCAGAAUUCAGAUGAGGACCAAUGGGACAUGCCUCCACCCAAACCACCACGCGUUCGGAGUUCUCAGGUUGAGAGCGAGGUUCAAGAGGAAAUCCUGCAGGCCCCUCAGCCACGGCCAGUGCCCCCCAUUCUCACGCCGUCACCGCCUUCGGCGUUCCCCACGGUGAGCGAUGUGCGCCAGGAGAACGAUCGCUACCACCCCAAACCUGUGAUGCACCUACUGGCUUCGGAACAUGAACCUGACCUCAACGAGAACUACAGUGGAGGCCCUCAGGGCGUGUCCACCAUGCCUGCCUCUGUGCCUGCUCCUUCCCCUCCAGAGUCCAACAAACGUGCCCCUCUGAGUGUGGAGAUCAAGAAAGUGCCCUUGCAGGAGGGACCACGGAGUUUUGAGAGCAGCAGCGCGUUGCAACGGACACAUGCUUUUAAAGUGCGCACCAAUAACAGCUCUCUGUCACAGGAAUCGGAGAACCCGCCUCGCCCUGACCACUUGCCUCUGCGAGCCAACAAAGGGCAGGUGGUGUGGACGCGCUCUGCAAACCCCACACCUGUCUCCAGCCUUCCAUCUGGCCCCACUCCUGAAGGUGUGAGUGCCCCCAGGACCGCUCUGAGCUUCACCAACCCGCUGCACUCCGACCACUCGGAUCCAGAGCCUGAGGACGGAGAGGAUUCCCUGCUCAUUUCCCAUCACGCCGAUUCAAAGUCUAACGUGUCCACGGCCACUGGAAAAGUUUCAACAGCACCUCAUGAUGAUAACAUCCCCAGGAAGGUUACCUCAAUGUCCAUAGUUGGUGUAUGCUCAAAGGCAGACGCAGAGACAGACAGUGACGAGAGUGAAGACUUGCCUCCCCCUCUUCCUGAAAGAACCUUUGAGUCCUUCUUUUUGGCCACAGAUCUAGCGGAUGUGAAGGUGGAGCUGAAUGAAAGUACAGGAGCUUUAGGAGAUGCCUCCCUCCAGAGAGAAGCAAAUACACAAACAAAACCCCAGUCAGAAAGAGGGCAGGAGAACGGAAAGCACACCAACACAGGAGCCAUCAACAAAGCAGACGUGAGACCAGAGUCUGAGACGGUUUCACAGAUAGCAGGAUUCGGGAACCGCUGCACACAUCCCAAAGGCCCAAGAAACCCUCCGUCUGAGUGGACAUGAUCAAAGCCCUUCGACACUUGACCCUACUUGCACCGUCACAACACAGCUUUAAUAUCACCGCUCUCCUGGUCCUCGAAGUGUUAUUGGAGAAAGAGUAUCAAAGCCUGUCUCUCCAAAUAUGCACCAUGAUUAGUGUCCAGAACAAUCAGACUGUGGUUAAGAUAAUCUUCCAUGCUGUGGUCACACGCUCUCCUGGUGCUGUAGGGGUGCUGACCACCAGGGGCUCGCUACAAUGGUGCUACGCUUUCUCCUCACUGGGAACGCAAUCUUGGCUUAUUUCCCUCUAGCAAAAAACAAAGCCGGAUUGGACAAAAGCCCAAAAAGCAGUAUGCAUCGCUGACCCGGAAAUCAGUCAUCUCUCUUUCUAUAGGUUUUGAUUUCUAUGACAAUUCAGUAAGAUAUAUAUACAUAUAUAUAAAAUCACACCUGUAGGGACUGAGAACUACUGUCUGUCUGUCUGUCUGUCUGUUCAUUUAUAUUUAGCUUUUUUUCCUGUUAACUCCUUGAUAGCCCAAUAUGCUGUUUUAUAGAUGUACAAAAUGUGCUAUUGCUGAAUAUUCUUAUUAACAGAAGAUGUAAGAAGUCUGUGCAUGAUGCCCCAUGUGCUGUUACCUGUAAAUUAUUUGCUCCUGUCAUCACAAGCCCCUCCCCUUUCCAUUUUCAGUGUUUGGAGUUCGUUUUUCCAAAAGUUAGCUGUUUUAUUGGCUAUUUCCUGAGAUAUCACGGGCUCAAGAUUGUAAUAAUGCUUUUUUGUAAAUUGUAUUUCAAAGGUUAUUUUUGUAAAUGCUCUCUUAACAACCCCCCCAACCCCUAAUCCCCAUAUCACUGGCCUCCGAGCCUCACUGUGCCUUUUUGCAUGCCCCCCCCCCUUGUGUGCGAGUGAGGGUGUGUGCGAGUGCGUGAGGGUGUGUGCGAGUGCGUGAGGGUGUGUGCGAGUGCGUGAGUGUGCGCGAGAGCGUGCGAGUGCGUGCGUGCGUGUGCGUGUGUGUGUGUGUGUGUGUCUUGCAUUGCUUUCAAGCCUCUGGGAUCCUUCUCAACAACCCUGUUAGUAUGUUGCAUAAAUCAAUCAAUUUCUCAGUAAAAAAAAAGGACACCAAGA